AUGUGGGUCCUAAUCCUUGGCUACCUCUUUCUAAGCACGUCCCAAGCCUGUAUCUUCUGCCGCCUUCCUUCUAGACACCUUUCUGCACGUCUGGCUCAUCUCUGCGACCAGAUAAGUUCAGAGUGGGGAGACUGUAAAACCAGCUGGAACUUCUCAACCUUUGCCUUAGAUGAUGUGUCCAUGGAUAGAAUUACAGAGAAGACACACAGGGUCAUGACGGUCCUUGAAAUCAAAGGUUCCCUGUUUUCCCUUCCCUCCUAUUGGCAAUGGCUUCAGGAGACUAAACUUCCUGAAUAUGUGAGGCAAGCUCUGUGCCCUCCUGCCUGCCGUGGAAGGACUACCCUGUACAACUGCUCUACAUGCAAAGCUUUUGAGGUUCAUUGCUGGGCUCUCAAGCGUUGCUUCCCAGGACAACAGGACCUAAGGGAAGCCAGGAUCCUGCUCCUUUCUCUUUCAGCUGCCUCAUUAAUUCUAGGUUUCAUCAGCUGUAUAGUAGAGUCCAGAUCCCUCCUUGCAGAGUGA